AUGGCGGGGCUGGAACAUCAGCCUGUUCAUGUGGUGAUGCAUCAAUUUGUCCAUCCGAUGGUGGCGGAACUGAGCCAUCGUUCUGAUUAUGUUCGUGUGACGGACCAACAUUUUCAUCUUGCACUGAGAUUAACCAGGCAAAACCAGCGAACAAAAAAAUCGGACGACGCCCUAGCUCCCUCCGCCCGCGGGUCGCCCGCUCCCUCGCGCCCCUGUUGCUCCCUCCUCGAUCCCGAUCUGGAUCGAGGGGACGAGGAGCUCCUGCCUCCCCGACGGCCGACCUCCUCCUCGCCCCGCCGCUGCGUCCGGCGCCGCCACGGCCUCUGGAGCCAGGGAAGCCAUGGCCUGAGCUCGGCCUCGAGGUCCCCGCCGCCGUCUCCUGCAGCUUCUGCCCCGCCGCCUCACCGCCCGAGCUCGCCGUCGCACCAACCUCGGCGCCGCGCCGCCGCCGGCUCUGGUCGCCUCCACCUCCGCGCCAUGAGGAACCCGCCACACGCGUCAAGGCGAGGCGCCUCCUGGGCUCCGUCCGUUUCCAGAGCGAGCGCCCGCGAAUACCUAGCUAGCCGCCGCCGUCGUGACCGUUCCAGCCACCGCCAAGGCCACACUUCCUCUUCCACCUCCGCGUACUCCUGGUUGCAGCCCCAGCUCUUCACGGGCAGGGAUCUGCGGCUCGCCGGCGUGGCCCGUGGCAGGGGAGAGAAGGGGGGCAUGAUCGGCGGGGCAGAGUUCUUUCGGAAGGACAGCGUGGUGGGCAACAUGGACGGAUACCUCAACUACCUGUCCCUCGAGUAUGACUUCGUCUCGGACACCAAUCCUGCUUGGGUAUCUUCAUUUUGGAAGCAGGAAUCCUUUCCUCAUAAGAUGGAUGAGCUGUAGGAUUUGAUUCUGUUCAGCUUGAAUUAGUUUUUCAUCAUCAUGUUCUUUGUAUUAGGAAUUCAUGCCUUCCAGCUCUAAUUUUUUCGCAUUGUUGGUGUAUGCUGGGAGUCACAUUAUUAUGCUGCUAGCAAACAGUAGGAUUGGAAGUCUUACUCUGUAGGUUAGUAAUAUCUUUUCCACUAUACCGAGGUUCAGCAAUUUAAUUCGUAUUAAGGUCA